AUGAACACAAACUUUCCGCACAACCGAAAACGCACGCUCUACGUGGGCGGAUUCAACGAGGAGGUCACCGAAAAGGUGCUGAUGGCGGCGUUCAUUCCGUUCGGGGACGUCGUCGCCAUCUCGAUUCCGAUGGACUACGAGACGGGCAAACAUCGCGGAUUCGGAUUCGUCGAGUUCGAUUUGGCCGAGGACGCCGCCAUGGCGAUCGAUAAUAUGAACGAGAGCGAGCUGUUCGGAAAGACCAUUCGGUACGGGACCGCCCAAAAGCGCAGACACAAAUUUCGGUCACUUUUUGAACUAAUUCCUAAAAAUCAAAAGAUAACACGACUUUCUAGGCUGACAAUCACCCUAGAAACGAAAUUUUAACGCGUAAUUCUCCCAUCUCCACCCAAACACAAGUUUCGUAAUUUUCAGUGUAAACUUUGCGCGGCCUCCGAAAGCGACGGAACGCUCGCAGAAGCCGGUGUGGGCCGACGACGAGUGGCUCAAAAAGUACGGACGGGGCGGAGAGGCGACCGGGGAUGCGGCGGCGGCGGAAGACGGCGGAACGACCGCGGGCGGCACGGAAGGAACGAAGACGGCCGUCGAGAAGAUUCUGCCACGUGUCUAUCUGGGAGUGAAGAUCGGAAUUCGGUACAUCGGACGAAUUGUGAUCGAGUUGCGCGCCGACGUGACGCCCCGCACCGCCGAGAACUUCCGGUGUUUGUGCACCGGAGAACGCGGAUUCGGAUAUGAAGGUCAGCUAUUUUCUCCACUUUUUGAUCAUUUUCAACCCUUCACAAAUACUAUCGAUCGUUGCGUCUAGUGCUACAACGAAGUAGAACACGCACCGAAUGGAUCUGUUACGAUUUGGAACUCGCAACGUUAAAAUACAACUGCGAGUUCCAUACCGUGCGAGUUCUACUUCGUUGCACCGCCUUGCGCUUACGUGCAUAUCUGCGUUCGUCGCGAGACCCAUAUUGAUUUAUUUCUCUGUUCAGGCUCGACAUUCCAUCGCAUCAUUCCCAAAUUUAUGUUGCAAGGCGGCGAUUUUACGAAGGGCGACGGAACCGGCGGAAAAUCGAUCUACGGAACAAAGUUCGAGGACGAGAAUUUCACGGUUUGCCUUUUUCUCUUUUUUCCUACCGUUUUUGCUCAGAUUUUGAGUUGUCUUUCUCAUUUCCAGCUCCGCCACACGAUGCCCGGCACAGUUUCGAUGGCGAAUUGCGGUGCGAACACGAACGGAUCGCAAUUCUUCAUUUGCACAGAGAAAACCGACUGGUUAGACGGAAAGCACGUCGUUUUCGGCUACGUCGUCGAGGGAAUGAACAUUGUCCGUCAGAUCGAACAGCAGGUACGCAAAAACUGAACGAUUUCACCCAAAAAAUCCACAUUUUUGCAGGGAACUCCGUCCGGAAAACCACAAAUGGUCGUGAAAAUCGUCGAGAGCGGCGAAAUUGAGCCGGAGAAGCGGAUAGCCGCCGAACGAAGUGCCGAGAAGGCGAAACGGGCGGCCGAGAGUGCGGGGGCGGAUGCGGGUGUGGAGAAUCAGGAACCCGUCGCCAUGGAAUCAUAA